GAGCUAAACCUGUGUGUGUAAACUUUCUUAAUUCAUCAAUCAAAACAAAUCCUACUUUCCUAGAUGAGCGAAUUUUUUUAUGGUGUUUGCGAGGAAGACCUGGAUGGCAGUAAAGGAUUCAAAGGUAUACUGGUGCUGCGUGAGAUUUCAAGUAAUUUUUGACGAGGGUAGUUAACGCGUGUACAUUACCCAAAGACUUAAAUUUUCUUGGGUUUAUCAAUUGGUUACGGGCAAGAAAUCAAGGAAUUGCAGUAUACUAUUUGAUCGUUUGAAGUUCAAAAAGGAAGUCUGGACAACAAAUGAAGGACGAAGGGGUUACAAAUUCACUGAUGGCCACCAACAGUGAGAGCUGCUUCGCGUCUCGCGGAUCCAUUUUUGCCAUUGUCGAUAACAUUCACUGGGCGAUCGCCAGCGCCAAACACAACAAAGCUUAUGUCCUUCGAUUUGUGCCAGUACUUAAGCAGAUUACAAAAGUUUUGAACGGAGCAGAUGUGAAAUUCAUACGCCAAGCCGAAUUCUACAGCGAUCUGAAAGAAACCCUACACAAGAUUGAAGACCACGUUAAGGAAAGUUCAACUCGUGGAAAAUGGAUGAAUAGGUUGAUGGCCAAGAAGAAUCAAAAGAGUUUCAAUGAAUUUGAGAAGCAUGUGGAUGAUCUCAUAACACGAAUCGUUUUUUCGUUCGCCCAGCGAGUUCAGCAGCAGAACAUGGCUCGGCAAAAGAAGAAACCGUUGCCAGAGAUACCGGAAGAAGAUGAGUUGUGCAAAUGCAAGAUGGACGUGGAACGUGCUUGUCCGUUAGCAACAAAUGAUGAUACUCCAGGGGAGGGAGUAUCUUUGGCAAGUCAAGAAGAUGACGUGACUGGCGAAAGAUAAAUGUUCAGCUUUGUUUUUAUCUUCUAUGACUCAAAUGCUCGAAAAACAUACGUGAACAGUUGAAAACAGCGCCUGUUAAGUGAAAUGAGCUUUCAUUUUGAAGCUACAACUUAUUCAAAGUUGGUUCAAACAAUCGUGGGAACACACAAACAAGCACUUGAUUGUUACUCCUUUGUUAUCCCCAUCUUUACUAGAACUUUUAGACGCAAAGCUAUUGUUUUAAAAAUAUGUACUUUAUUAAUUAACUUUGAGCCUUUUUAAGUUCCAAGGUCUUUCAAUGAAUUGUUUAUUUAGCUCUGUAUAUGGAUUGGGAAAUAUGGAACACGGUUCCUAUCAAAAGCAUAAACUACAUAUUUGUGAUCAUUAUUUAUCAGUAAUUUAAUGAUAAUUUUGUAUUUGUUCAGACUUCCUUGCCUACAUUGGGUUGCAUUAGAUUUAGGUGAUG